GCUCAUGGAAGCUUAGCUUGCUUGGAAGAAGAGAGAGUGGGGCUCUUGAAAUUGAAAGAAGCCUUCCAUCACCCAAAUGCGUCUGCUUCUCUUCCUUCAUGGCGGGUUGAAGAGAUAGACUGUUGCAGGUGGGAAAGGGUCACGUGCGAUAGCAUGACAAAGCGAGUGAUAGGACUCUCUCUCAGUGAUGCAAGACAACUGGAGUUAUUCAACUUUUCCUUCCUCAACGCCUCCUUCUUCCUCAACGCCUCUUUGUUCCUUCCCUUUCAGGAACUACAAAAUUUAAGCUUGGGCUGGAACUCUCUUACAG